GAACUACUAGUGGUUAAAAAAACUGAAAAAAAAGAAAAUAUAUUAACUGAUUGAAAUAUGAAUAUAAUUCACAAGUUCUUCAAUCGUCAGCAAGGCAUCACAACUGACUAUACGUAUGACUUUGCCCUACGUAGACUUUGUGUGGCAAAGGAAGACAGCUGGCGUGGAAUCUUACCCUCCAAUUAUAGCUCAGAUUAUAAUCCAGAACCACCCAUAUUUUCGGCAAAAUUUUCCAAAUGUAAUAAUUUUAGACACAUAUUGGCUAUUGCUAAUGAAGAUGGAAAGAUUGCAUUGCAAGAUACCACAAAAAAGAACGAAGAACCAGAAGAACGUUCUCUUAAUGCUCCUCAGUGUCACUACAAUGCAGUUUUUGAUUUGGAAUGGGCGCCUGGAGAGAUGAAAUUUGUUUCUGCAUCAGGGGAUCACACAGCCAGCUUAUGGCAAGUAGAUGAACAAGGAGAAAUUCGGAAUAUACGAUCAUUUGUUGGUCAUACACGGUCUGUGAAAACAGCGGCGUUCCGUAGACAUGAUUCAUCUGUCUUCGCAACUGGAGGAAGAGAUGGCGCUAUUAUAAUUUGGGAUACGCGUGCAAAUUUAAAUGUGGACUUAACACCGCGCGCAGAUAACUGCAUUUAUAGUGGACACGUUGGUGGGCCAGGUACCCCGGUAUCUCAUAGAAAACGCACUCGAACACCAAAAAUGACACCUAGUGCUACAUCAAGUAGUAUCACAGGUCUAGCUUUUCAGGACGAAAACACUCUAAUAUCUUGUGGGGCCGGUGAUGGAAUUAUAAAAGUAUGGGAUUUACGACGAAAUUAUACCGCAUACAAGAAAGAACCUCACCCAAAACAUAGUCUACCAUAUGCUGGUUCCAGUACGUUUAAAGGAUUUACCAAUCUUCUUGUUGAUGAAUCAGGUUCUCGUUUGUUUGCUAAUUGUAUGGAUAAUACAAUUUAUUCAUAUAAUCUGUGUUCGUAUUCGUCGAAACCUCUAGCGGGAUAUAAAGGCCUACUAAAUAGUACUUUCUACAUAAAAUCUUGCCUUAGCCCAGAUGGUAAAUAUUUGUUAAGUGGAAGUAGCGACGAGAAAGCUUACAUAUGGAAUCUUAAUUAUCCUGAUGAACCAUUGGUCGCUUUGUGGGGUCAUACUGUAGAAGUAACAUGCGUUGCAUGGGGAUCUACCCACGACUGCCCUAUUGUAACUUGUAGUGAUGAUGCACGUCAUAAAAUUUGGCGUAUAGGGCCAGAAAAUAUAUCGGAUUUCGAUAACGUGGAAUUAUAUCGAGGUCAUGCUGAGUAUGUUCGUCAGUUUGGACGAAGGGCACAUGGAUCAACACAUAAAUACAACUUGCGAGACCUUGAGAAUACUCCACGUUCACUCAAACGUAUAAUGGAACAAAAUGAACGUACUCCUAGUUCCGUAGAGAAAGUAACAGCGAAACGGUCGUUUCUAGAAAUGCUGGGAGGAGUGGCUGGGGAAGAUGAUGGUGAAGUAUAUGAACCUAAGCGACCAAAACCUUUGGAAUCUAGAGGUCGACGCCUAUUUAGUCCAUCAACGUCGAACGUGGGAAACUCUCUGAGUUUGACAUCGCCACAGACCCGCCACAUCAAUUUGCAACUUAUUCCGAUUCCAGAGGAGCCGUACACUUCUCCCACAAGUUCAACUACAAACUACGCGGCCCAUACCCAUAGUAAUGAUAGCAACCAAGAAAAUACAGUAGAGACUGCAACGCCAUAUAUAUCGUUAAAGCAAACUUGUCCGACCAUACAAUCGCCACUCGGUGAAAGAGUAGUGACUGAAAACCAUAAUUCCGAUUACACAUCUCCAACUAACGCGGGAACGUCUAAUAAUUCAACCUCACAACAGCCACCUCUAUCUUCAAUGAUUUUUUCACCGACCUCAAAUCUACCAAAUUAUGUGCUUAACGGUGAAGCACCCCAUUUGGGGAUAAUGUCACCAAAACGUAAACACAAGGAAAAGAUUGACUGGUUAACAAAAAUACGAAAGCAAAAAUUGAUGUCCUCGCGUAAUGCAACACUUACCGAAAAAAUUAUUGAAGAUUGUAAUGGAUCACAGUCUCCGAUAGCUUCUACAUCAUCACGUUUACAAAGUUUGAGGACAACGGAGGCUAGUCCGCACUCCAAUGUCACUCCACGUCGACGUAAGUCGAGUGGAACUCGUGACAUACUAUCUCAUGACUCACCUUCGACGUCUCGCCAUCUGGUCUCACAUCCUCCAAAAACACCAACGUCAAGUCGUCGUAAUAGUGAGACUACUAUUUUGCGAUUUUUUAGCGUUCGGACACAACAACGAAGCGACACCACCGAAUUUACAUCACCUGCUGUAGAAACUACGGAAAUUCUUGGCGACCUGCAACCUUUGACUUUGACUUCUGCGGGCACCAGUACGAUUGGUAUUGUCAAUAGGAGUAUAGCUUACAAUACGUCUACACAUACUCAAGCCACCACCAUCUGUAACGAAUGACUUUAAUAUUUGUAAACAUUAUUUUUAAUUUUUCGCUUGCUUUUUAUUAUUAUAUAUUAAGUAUGUUUUCGGUUGUCCUAAUAUGAUACGGAUGACUAUAUUGUGAGUACACCCAAAGGUGGAACCACCGUUAUUUACUUUUUAAAAAAGUUAUUAUAGUAUUUAAGACUUAUUCAUAUAAAGUAGUUCUAAGUGUAACCGAUAGACUUUUCUAAAGUAAAAUAGAAAAUUUAAGACAUUUACAAAAUAAAAAAGAGGUAACGGAAAGACAACCUCAAAAAUGUUAAAUA